UUCCUUCUUCUUCCUCCUCCUCCGGCCGACGACCGAGGCUUCCAGAGGGAAAAAUGGCUGCUUUUCUACCGGACGAGCUGUGGAGGCACGUCCUCGCGAUCGGCGUGAAAAGCCCGGCGAAAUCGCUGAGCUACAAGGAGCUGUGCUGCGUCUCGAUCGCCUGCAGACGCCUCCGCCGGCUCUCCGGCGAGGACUCUCUCUGGUCCCACCUCCUCUCCUCCGAUUUCCCUCCCCCGACCUCUCAAUCGUCUGCUUCGUCCUCGUCGCCUUCGUCUUCCUGUAAGGCCUUGUACCGGAUCAGGUUCGAGAGGGACAAAGAGAAGAAGAGGUUGGCUCACCGGAGGGCCGUGAUGAGGAAGGAGAGCCAAAUCGCCGAGCACCUCCGGAGGAUUCGAGACAUCGAGGCUUCGCUGGCGCGGGAGUCCGACAAGCUCAAGGCCUCCGCUUCUGAGCUGUCGAAUCUGCAUAAGGUCAGGCAAGCGUCGGUGGCUUUGAAGGUGUGGCAGCCUGAGGUCGUUAGGGGGAAGCAAAAGCAGAUGGUGUCUCAAUGCGCCGUGCCUGUCGAGUCUCGAAUCAGUGCGGUCGACAUGGAGUUUCGGCUCUGCAAGCAGCAAAUUGCCAUUUUGCGCAAAUCCUAUGAAGAGGAGAGGAGAAGGCUCGAUGCGGCAAAGCGGGAAUUGGAGUCGAUUGAGUAUCAUCCUUUGCGGCGUUGUGAACGAACAGGUUCCAAUUUAGGCGGCUCUAGUAGUAGGAGGAAGGAGAUUAAGAGACCCAUAGAUGUGGAAGGCUAUGGGAAACUGGCUAAAACAUCCUAAGAUGAUAGGGUGCCUUUCAUCUACAUGCUGAGGCUGUGCAAGGAGAUGUAACCGGUCAUGUUUGCAUUAAGGUAUUCGCCAGUUGAAAGAACCAAUUGGGUUUGUGAAGCCGGUGAACCGCAGCUAAUAAGGCAGAGGAAGCCGCGGCGGUUUCUUUAAAGCCAGGAUUGCUGUAAGAAUGUCGUUUGGCUCACAAUAGUGACAGCCACCCAGAUGAACUUUUCUCCAGGAGAAGCAAAUCGAGGAAAUGACCAGCUACCGUAGCAAGUGUAGGCAUUCUCUUUCUAAGGUCGAGACCUGUUGCGGGUUGGUACUGAUACUGCGGUUCGUAUGUUUGGCAAGAGGCGCCAUGUAUCUUGAAGGUGAGAAGGUCAUAACAAGUCAGAUGCAGAUAGUCGGCAAAAACUCCAGCGCAACACGUGGUUGAAUCGGUGGCGCGAGAUAAUCUCUACUAUAAAAAUGGAGACUAGCUCGUUGGUAUCACAUCUUCUUUCAUUUUUGUCGUGGACCAUCUUUUUAUGUUUGAUGAUCCAAAAUAUAUUCACAUUCUCCGUAGGCAAAAUCCCUGUGUCUUUAAUGUUUGUUCCU